AUUUCCAUUAUUUCAUAUUUUGACCGCAGAAGCACAGACAGCUCCUCUGUCUCUCGUCUCUUUCGUCGCUCUCAGUCCGCCUGACCGCCUCUCUGCCUCUCGCUACCGCAGUACCGGCUACUGCUCCUCUCGUCUAUUCGCCUGACCGCCUCUUUUCUGUGGCUCUGUCCCUGUCUGUGCUGCACGGUCGCACCUCGCCAGUUGCCACCAAACACGGAACACCGCCACACCGGUGACCGGUCGCCGCCUUACCGGUUAGCAGGACAGCAGGAGUCCUCGUUGGUUCCUAAUUUCAGUCUCAGUUAUGGAAAGAUUUUUCAAAAGAAAAUCAACUUUUGAGGAUUCAUCUAGUCAAGGUAGUCACAAAGUGUCAAGUACAAGACCUCGUAUUGAAGUUAACAUAGAUGAACUUGAAGUUGAUCCAGCUAAAAGAAAAAGUAUAUAUGAAUAUCAUAUCAAUGAUAGAGAUAUUGUGCGGAGACGAUAUCUACAAAUGGGUCCUUGUCAACCAAAAAAUCAUGUAUUUCCUACGAGAGUGAUUACGGGUGUUAAUAGAAGAUUUAAUCCUAAAUGGUUUAAAGAUCAUAGUAAUUGGUUGGAGUAUAGUGUAUCAAAAGAUGCAGCAUAUUGUUUAUGUUGUUAUCUAUUCAAAGAUGAAAGCAGUAGGUUACAAGCUGGGGCAGAGUCAUUUGUUACAGAAGGAUUCAACAAUUGGAAAAAAGGACCGGAAAGGUUGCGUGCACAUGUUGGUAAUCAUAAUAGUGUUCACGCAAGAAACGUACAAGCUUGUCGAGACUUAAUGACUCAAGAGCAACAAUUGGAGCAAACGGAACAAGAUUACCGCGUUCGAUUGACUUCAUCAGUUAAAUGUAUCCGGUUUCUUUUAAGGCAAGGACUUGCUUUUCGUGGAAAUGAUGAAAGCUACGACUCACUUAAUCGGGGAAACUUCCUUGAGACCUUAAAGUUUCUUGCGGAUAAUAAUGAAGAUGUUGCCAAAGUAGUGAUGCGAAAUGCACUUGAAAAUCACCAAAUGACUUCUCCUUGCAUUCAAAAAGAUAUAGCUAAUGCAAUUGCAAGUGAGACAACUGAAAUAAUAAUCAAUGAUCUUGGUGGAGAAUUAUUUGGAAUAAUAGUUGACGAGUCAAGAGAUAUAUCAGUUAAAGAGCAGAUGAUUGUGUUUAUCCGAUAUGUGGAUUCAAGUGGGCAUAUUAUUGAGCGUCUUCUUGGAAGUACUCAUGUUCGUGAUACUACAUCUAUGUCUCUUAAAGUAGCCAUUGAAAAUCUUCUAACAAGGCAUGGAUUAAGCUUUUCAAGAAUACGAGGCCAAGGCUAUGAUGGAGCAAGUAAUAUGCGAGGUGAGUUCAAUGGACUUAGAACUUUGAUUAUGAAUGAGAAUCCAAGUGCUUUUUAUGUUCAUUGUUUUGCUCAUCAACUACAACUAGCACUUGUGGGUGUUGCAAAGGAAAAUGAUGAUGUUGGAGAUUUUUUUGUCACUUUCUCGCAAUUGUGCAAUAUUGUAUGUGCUUCAUGUAAGCGUAGAGAUAACUUACAAUACAAACAAUUAAAGAUGUUGACUGAUUCAAUUUCUACUGAUACAAUUGAAACGGGAACUUAUUUGAAUCAAGAAGCAGUUUUACAAUGUCCUGGUGAUACACGUUGGGGAUCUCAUUAUGGUGCACUUGUGAGCAUUGUGAAAUUAUUUUCUCCGGUGAUUGAUAUUCUUGACGAAAUAAGGCAGGAUCCAAAACAAAGGCUAGAAGCAUUUAGAGUAUUGAAGAAUGUCCUAUGUUUUGAUUUUGUGUUCUUUUUGCACUUAAUGAAGGAUGUUUUAGGAAUUACCAAUGACUUAUCACAUGCAUUACAAAAAAAAGAUCAAAACAUUGUGAAUGCCAUGAGACUAGUUGAUGUCUCAAAAAAAAGAUUGCAAAUGAUGAGAGAGGAUGGGUGGGAAGCUCUUUUACAAGAAGUUUCACUAUUUUGCAACAAGCAUGCAAUUCCCAUACCUAAUUUGGAUGAAGUUUAUGUAGUUCCAGGAAGACCUCGACAUAAAGUUGAAGAAAAGACUCAUCUUCAUAGGUACCGUGUUGAAAGGUUUUAUGUGGUCUUAGAUCUACAACUCCAAGAGCUAAACAACCGUUUCAAUGAGAAGAAUAUAGAGUUGCUCUUAUGUGUGGCAUGUUUUGAUCCAAGGAAUUCAUUUGCUAGGUUUGAUAAGGAUAAAUUAGUUCGAUUGGCACAGUUCUAUCCAAAUGAUUUUUCUGAUAUUGAACUUGAAUUACUAGAUAACCAACUGCAGACUUAUUUUGUUGAUGUAACUUCUGAUCCUGCUUUCUCUAAAUUGGAUGGUAUUGAUGAAUUAGCUCAAAAAAUGGUUGAAACGGGAAGACAUUUGGACUAUACGUUGGUGUAUUUGCUUCUAAAGUUGUCUUUGAUCCUACCGGUUGCAACUGCUAGUGUGGAAAGAACAUUUUCUGCUAUGAAGUUAAUCAAGACAUUUUUACGCAACCGGAUGAGUGAUGAUUUAUUACAUUAUUGCUUAGUGUCGUAUGUUGAAAAAGAUAUUUUUGAUCAAGUUUCAAAUGAAGCAAUUCUACACCGAUUUCAAAAGAUGAGAGAGCAUAGAGGAGUAUUACCCUGUAGUUCAUCAUACACCUUAAAUCUUGGCUCCGUCCCUGAUGAUGAAGAUGAUGAAUUCUCUCGCGUUGGAUCCCCCAACUUACACUUGGAUCUUCCUGAGCAAUCCGAUCAACCCCACUGAUGACCUUCGCCUCAAGGCAAUCAAGUUAGCAAUUAUUCCCCUUUCUCACGGAUGAUCUUCCUCAAGCCUCUACGACAGUAUAUUAGGAUCUUCUUCUGUGGAAGUUUUGGGAGCAUCUGUAGCAACCGUGGUUUAUCUGCUUGGAUUAGAAUUCUCUUGUAGGUAGCUGUAGGGAUAUGGUUCUCCUUUUGGUUGAACACCACAGACAUAUCAUCACCUUAUGGCAUGUAUACGCUCUUGUAACUAUUUAAUCAACCUUUUUUCUGAUGGUAACUCACAUAUCUAUUCUCGUAUGACUGGUUAAGAUGGAGUCUUGUAUGCACAAGUGCAGUUUUUAUUUUUUAUUUUUUAUCGUUUUGGUGUUCAAUCAUAUAUUUCAUUCUGUAGCCAUGACCUUCUUAACUGCUUCUACCCUUGUGGAAACUUGGGAUCUGUAGAUGAACUAUCUAAUGUUAACUCGAAUGUGUCUAAGUUUUGAACUAUUGCAGUAUAAUCAUAUAUGUUAGACCAUUUGUCUUGUCUAAGGAAUUUAAAUGGGAGAAAAAGUAAUGACAUGAAUAUUUCAGCAUUGCUGUCAAUUGUGUGUUUGAAGCCUUGCCUCCUAGAAUGCCUUUUCUUGAAUACAUUGUGGAGUUGUUCCAAAA